CAGGCCGCGAGACGGCACACCGGCGGGGUGUAUCAACAUGUAGCGCUCAAGUUUUCUAGUAUAAUCAACCUUUCUUUGGGAAAUCUAUGGUGCUACUCUCCUCUUCGGUGUAGUUUAGGAUUCCAAGGAUGUAUUGUCGAGUCAUAUUGGCGCUUGGGGCGACGGUUCUUGCUGGGGUUGUGCACGGUGAUGGACAAGAUGAAACUUUAGCCACGCCCCCUCCUCCAUGGGCACACAACGAUCCCCUGUCAGGGAAAACUCUGCUCUGUGAUUGGUGUCCACCGGGACAGCACAUGAGCAGUCCCUGCACCGAGCGGUCACAGACGGAGUGUGUCCCUUGUGGGGAGAACGGGUAUGCCGAGUUCCACAACCACCUGCGGGAAUGUCGGCUGUGUAAGGCAUGUCACAGGCAUCACGAGCACGAGUCGCAAAACUGCACUCCCACUACCAAGACGGAAUGUGAAUGCGACCCCGGCUACUACCUGUCCGGUGACGUUUGUACUGCGCACUCAAAGUGUCCAGUGAAGUACGGAGUGAAACAACAAGGAACACCCACAAGCAACACCAAAUGUGAGCGCUGUGAUUCGGGGACCUUUUCUGACGUCCUGUCCAGUACAGAGGGAUGUAAGAAUCACACGGACUGUGGGGACCUGGGACUGUGUCUGGUAGACAAGGGAAACAGACGUAAAGACAACAUCUGUGGAAACUGUACCACGAAUGGUACAGUGGUCAUUAUGACAACGGUCUCUACACCUAAAAUGACUACGGGAGGCAACUCAUCCACAAAUACAGCAAACUCUACUGCCGCCAGCAAAAUUGCAACCUCGACGGAUGAGUCUACACCGGGAUACAUUGCAUUAGGGUGCAUAUGUAUUCUUCUCUUCCUGUUUGUCUGUCUUGGCGUGGUUAAACGUCGCUGGAUCAUGGCAAAGUGCAAUGAACUUUUGGGCCGAACUUCUCAGGACAGACGUAGACAAGGUCAAAGUCAGGUGGAUAGUGGUGUAACAAUGCAGCCACUGAUGAACAGGUCUGGACAUGCACAUGAUGCACAGGCAGUUGAGCAGCUAGCCGACUAUCUUCCCACUCUGGGAUGCUGCCCCAUCCGCUCUAGCCCCAGGCUACGAAGAGGAGUGUCACGGAAUGACGAAAACGUCCGUUCACAGAUGGUAACGACUGACGACACCAACGCCAUCGCUGCAGACAUUGGGAACGCGUGGAGACCGCUAGGACGGAGACUGGGCUUCAGCGACGGCAAGUUGGACGGCUUCGAGAACGACUACAGGUACCUGCAGGAGAUCGUUCACCAGAUGCUCCGCCAAUGGGUAAACGAGAACCGAGAAGAAGCGACGAGAGGCAAACUUGCGGAUGCGCUUGUGGAAGUGGAGAAAGAAGACGUGGCAAGGACUUUGCUUGGACUUGCGAUCGGGGAACACAGCCAAUAGGUGUUUCUGUGAUCUAAGCUGCUACACUUCCGUAGAGUACUGAGAUAGAAGAUUGUUGAAGCCAAAUCCGGCCAAUAGCUUUAUAGGAAUAAGUUUUAGGUCUAUAAUAUCAUGUCAUUGUCUUUCCAUAUCAAAUGUUCUUUUUGUACUUGCAAUGCUAAUGAGCCCUGGGCCAAGAGUUUGCAUUUAUGUUUUAAUUUUGUCAGUCCAUGAAUUUUCUGCCAGGGCUCAAGAAGUCUCUCCAUAACAUAAUAUAGGGGAUGCAUAUUGUUGCUCAGAGAUCGAUAUUUGUAUAUAUUUGUACAGGGUGAUAUUUGUACAAACAAGUUAAAAUAAUAAACUGAUAAA